GCCGCCCCGCCCCCAGGUGCUGCCCGGGCAGGCAGGAGGCAGCGGCGGGCGGGGCCGGGGCGGGCGCGUGAAUCAGGCCGGGCGGGCGGGCCGCGGCGGGGAGUGGCUGCCGGACCGACCGGACCGCGCGGGCCGCUGGGCGGCGGUCGGCUCCUGCUGCCCUUGUCCCGAGACCCCGCGUACCUGGCCAGGUAGGGCUCCCUCCCCGGCCCGGCGUCGCGGGGUGCGCCCGAGGGGGUGCCGGGGCCCGGGCCCGCGGGAUCGGCGCGGCACCCCCUUCCCCGGGCCGUCCUCCCGCCGGCACCUGAGUCUGGGCGGCGCGAGCCGGGGCGGGUGGGGGGGGGGGAGCGCUCGCGAGGUCCCGGACUCGAGGCUGCCCGGCCCGGGGGCGCCGCGGGCGCGGCUGUGGGCGCGAGGGAGAAGGGGCCUUCCUGGCUCGCCCGCGCCCUAGCGGCCUAGCUGGAGUCUGCGGCGGGGCCGGCCUGGGCGCCGCCUGGCCCCUUCCCCGGGGUCGCGUGCUCAAGGCCGCAAGGUACUGCGGUGGCCCAGCGCGGCCCGGGGCUACGCGUGGAACCCAGGGCGACGGGAAGCCCCUCGGCCGGCCGCUAACUUCUUGGGGCUCGCUCACCCCCUUAGCCCUGUCGCGAGCGCCCCCGGGCCGUGAGCUCCCCGGCCUUCUGUGCGUUGGACCCCAUCCGCCGACUCCCAUCUCUCUGUCCCCCUCCCCGGCCUGGCCACCGCGAUCCCCUCGCCCACUCUUCGGCGUCUGUUCUGGGGCAGGACCGCCCCACCUUGCGCCUUAGCCCCAGGCCCUUCCCACGGGCUCCUCCUUCCGGUCCCUUAACAACCCUGCUCCCUGCAGGGUGGGACGGACGGCAGGGCCCUGAAGGCCGAGGUGAGAGCCCACUGCGCCUGCAGGGCCGGGAGGACCUGGAGGUUUUGUCUGGCCGCACUUCAGAGAUCAGAGGUCAGCGGCAGAGGAGCCGUUUCCUGCUGAGUCACUGCAGGGGUGGGAUCGGGGACCCUCCCUGCCCUGCAGCAGGCCGUUGGUAGGCUAAUGUGUGGGAGGGGGCACAGAGUUGCCCGUUGCCAGCCGGGGAUUGACUGCACCGCUUUCCCCGUGUGCGCGGCCCAAGAAGAGCAAGGGAAGAAAUGAAGCCACUGGGAAGGACGGUCACUGUCGUGUGAGGUCAGGCAGGGCCUUCCCCACGCAGCCUUGCUCUGAGUCUGGUGGGAAGCUCCCUCGGCCCAUCCACACGGCCUGGACAGGUCGCACUGCUGCCCCUCCCCAUUGUAAACAGGCAGUGAACCUUCCCCUGCAGACAGGAUGUGCCAACCCCGUGUGAUCAGACACUGAGACCCGGUACUGCCACACAGGAUAGUGGUAGAUGUGUGACCCCAGGACCGCCAGAUACCGUAGCUUCUGCUGAUCCCCCUUUCCCUGCCAUCAGAUUCAGCAUUACACCCCCCACUCUGGGACCCUGACAGGACCACACCCCUACCCCUAUGCCAUCAGCCUUUGACCCUGGCCCCACCCAGAUGGGUGCCCGGCCCUCGAGGGUCUAACACAGUGGGCCACUGGACAGUGGUCCUCACAAAGCCACGUCUGGACAGUCCCUGGACAGCGGGACCAGGUAGCACCCUGCAGGUUGGCAGUCUCGGUGACACAUGAGUAUCCCCCCCCCCAAGUUAGCACAUCACCCCCCAGGGAAGCAAGACAGGACAGGGCCCUGGGUCAUCCUAUACAGGUCCUGACCCCUGACGUGACACACAUGACUCCUUCCAACCCCGACACAACUGGCCAGCCCACCCCACCUGCCAGCACUGUGCAGCUGUGGCUUGGGGUGCACCAGCGGCCAGGUGCCUCAGUGAACAUGUGCAGUGGGCGCUGGGAGCCAGGAGAGGCUCCUGGGAGACCAGUAGGGGGCACGGAGGGUGGUGUGAAGUUGGGGCAGCAGUGAGUGUGGAGAGGCUGGGACCCCGUGCUGAGCAUGGUGACCCAGAAGACUUGGAAGAUGUGGCUGCUCCACAGGGCCAGGGUUGGGGUGACAGGACUCCAGGCAAGACAGAGGCUGAGGAGACUGCAGUCUGGACCCACAAAGGCCCCAGGGUUUUUUCAUAAUGGGACAGGGACAUGGGCUCGGCUUGAUGCUCCUGACACAGAGGACACUGGCAAGAGGGGUUGAGCGGUGAGCCCCAGGGAAGGCAGUGAGGGAGGGUCCUGACUGAUGAGCAUAGGGGUCUUCCUUUGGAAUGCUGGGAGCUGGGUGAACAGUUGGAGGGGAAACUGCAAGGCCCAGGAUUGGGGGUGGGGGGUGGGUCUGCCGAAGGCCAGGGUCCCCAGAAUGUGGCAGCCACAGUCCCUGUGUGCUCACCUCAGCCCGUCCCAAGUACCGAAUCAUUUCAACUUGUAACAGGUGCAUUUCCAGUGGAGGCCCCCGGCCCCAACAUGGCCCGUCGCUCCCAGAGCUCCUCGCAGGGGGACAACCCACUGGCCCCCGGGUACCUGCCACCUCAUUACAAAGAGUACUACCGCCUGGCAGUGGAUGCGCUGGCCGAGGGCGGGCCAGAGGCCUACAACCGCUUCCUGGCAUCCGAGGGGGCCCCUGCCUUCCUGUGCCCUGAGGAGCUGGAGCAUGUGACCCGUCAUCUGCAGCCCCCACAGCAUGCUGCCCGCGAGCCCCCUGAUGGCAGCCCCCCCGACAUGGACAUGGAUGGCUCCUCUGGUACCUAUUGGCCCAUGAAUUCGGACCAGGCUGUGCCAGAGCUUGACCUGGGCUGGCCCUUGACCUUUGGCUUCCAGGGCACCGAGGUCACCACACUGGUGCAGCCACCUCCCCCUGACAGCCCCAGCAUCAAGGAGGAGGCUCGCAGGAUGAUCCGCUCUGCCCAGCAGGUGGUGGCCGUGGUGAUGGACACGUUCACCGAUGUGGACCUGCUCAGCGAGGUCCUCGAGGCCGCUGCCCGCCGCGUCCCCGUCUACAUCCUGCUGGAUGAGAUGCACGCGCAACUCUUCCUGGACAUGGCCGAGAAGUGCCGGGUCAACCUGCACCACGUGGAUUUCCUGCGCGUGCGCACCGUCGCGGGCCCCACCUACUACUGCCGCACUGGGAAAUCGUUCAAGGGGAACGUGAAGGAGAAGUUCCUGCUGGUGGACUGCGCCGUGGUGAUGAGCGGGAGCUACAGCUUCAUGUGGUCCUUCGAGAAGAUCCACCGCAGCCUGGCCCACGUGUUCCAGGGCGAACUGGUCUCCAGCUUCGACGAGGAGUUUCGCAUCCUCUUCGCCCAGUCGGAGCCUCUGGUGCCCCCGGCCGGGACACUGGCCCGCAUGGACGCCUACGCCCUGGCCCCCUACGCCGGAGCGGGACCCCUCGGGGGCGGCCUGGGGCCGGCGGCGCCUGCGCCCUUCUCAUUCCCCAAGCGGGCGCACCUCCUGUUCCCGCCGCCCCGGGACGAGGGCCUGGGCUUCCCCUCCUUUCUGGACCCCGACCGCCACUUCCUGUCGGCCUUCCGCCGGGAGGAGCCGCACGGGGGGCCGCGACUGCUGUCCCGACGCCUGGACGCCGAGGCCGGGCCGGGCGGGGAGCUCGCGGGUCCGCGGGGCUUCUUCCAGGCCCGGCACCUGGAGAUGGACGCCUUCAAGCGGCACAGCUACGCCGCGGCCGACGGCGCGGGGGCCGUGGAGAACUUCGCGGCGGCGCGGCAGGUGUCGCGGCAGACGUUCCUCAGCCACGGCGACGACCUGCGCUUCCAGACCAGCCACUUCCAGCGCGACCAGCUCUACCAGCAGCAUUACCAGUGGGACCCGCAGCUCGCGCCCGCGCGCCCGCAGGGCCUCUUCGAGAAGCUGCGCGCCGGCCGCCCGGGCUUCGCCGAGCCCGAGGACUGGGCGCUGGGCGGCGGGCCGCGCUUCCCCGAGCUCGGCCCCGACGGGCACCUGCGCCUGGACUACGUGCCGUCCAGCGCGUCGCGCGAGGUGCGUCACGGUUCAGACCCGGCCUUCGGGCCCGGCCCUCGCGGCCUGGAGCUCGGCGGGCCCCAGCGCCCCAACCUGGGCCAGCGCUUCCCGUGUCAGGCGGUGGCCCGUCCCGGCCUGGAGACCGCGCCGGAGGCAGAGCCUGAGCACCGGGCCGGGCCGGAGGGGCGAGCCGGGCUGCGGCACUGGCGUCUCGCCUCCUACCUGAGCGGCUGCCACGGCGAGGACGCGGGCGACGAGGGUCUGCCAGCACCCAUGGAGACCGAGUCCUAUGAGGACGACGUGCUAGGCCCCGGGGCCCAGGCAGCUGCCGGGGACCUGCUUCCCUCGCCCUUCCGCAGUCCCGCGGUCUUCCCGGCCAAGGGCCCCGGGCCCGGCUCUGGAGGCGGUGACAGCUCAGAGCGGGAGGGCCCUGAGGACGUGUGCCUGGCCAAGCAGGACUCGUUCCGCGCGCGCCUGAACCCGCUGAUCCAGCGCAGCUCGCGAUUGCGCUCGUCGCUCAUCUUCGCGUCGCAGGCUGAGGGCGCCGGCGGGACCGGGGCGGCCGCCACCGAGAAGGUGCAGCUGCUGCACAAAGAGCAGACGGUCAGCGAGGCGCUGGGCCCGGGCGGCGAGGCCAUUCGGUCCUCUGCCUCCGCCAAGGUGGCUGAGCUCCUGGAGAAGUACAAAGGCUCAGCCCGCGACCCCGCCAGUGCGGGGGCUGCCGUCACCGUCGCCAGCCAUAGCCAAGCUGUCAUGUCCCAGGCGUGGCGGGAGGAGGUGAUGGCGCCCAGCGGCGCGGGGGGUGAGCGCCGCAGCCUCGAGAGCUGCCUGCUCGACCUGCGCAACUCCUUCGCGCAGCGCCUGCACCAGGAGGCCGAGCGGCAGCCAGGAGCCGCCACGCUCACAGCCACCCAGCUGCUCGACACGCUGGGCCGGGGCGGCGCCGACCGGCUGCCCUCCCGCUUCCUUUCGGCCCAGGGCCGCGCGACCUCCCCGCAAGGUCGGGAAAGCCCCCCGCCGGAGAGGCCGGGGGCACACCUGGCGCUCCAGUCCGAGCCCAAAGGGAGCCCCACCUCCGCCCUCCCUGAGCGCAAGGGGAGCCCCACACCCGGGUUUCCCAUUGCGAGAGGCAGUCCAACCCCGGGAUUCACCGAGCAGAAGGGGAGCCCCACCUCCGCCCACCCCGAGCGCAGAGCCAGUCCGGGGCCCCCCGUACCCGAGCGCAGGGCCAGCCCGGGGCCUCCCAUAUCCGAGCGCAGGGGCAGCCUCACCCUUACGUUCCACGGGGAGUCUCCGAAGGCCGGGCCCGCGGAGGAAGCGACCGGCGGCCCCAUGGAGGCGCUGCGCAAGGGCUCCCUGCGCCUCAGGCAGCUGCUGAGCAGGGGCGAUCGGCGGUCCGAGGACGACGGCAGCUUCCCGGUGCCGCAGGAGAACGGGCAGCCCGAGAGUCCCCGGCGGCCGUCGCUGGGCCGGGGCGACAGCGCCGAGGCUGCCGCGGGGGAGGAGCGGGGCCCGCGGGUGCGCUUGGCCUCGGCCACGGCCAAUGCCUUGUACAGUAGCAACCUGCGGGACGACACGAAGGCCAUUCUCGAGCAGAUCAGCGCCCACGGCCAGAAGCACCGCGGGGCCCCCGCCCCAGGCCCCGCUGCAGCCCACAGCAGUCCCGAGAUGGGCCGCCCUCCAGCCGCCGGCGGCCUGGUCCCCGACAUGUCCGACAAGGACAAGUGCUCGGCCAUCUUCCGCUCGGACAGCCUGGGGACGCAGGGCCGCCUAAGCCGCACGCUGCCCGCCAGCGCCGAGGAGCGCGACCGCCUACUGCGCCGCAUGGAGAGCAUGCGCAAGGAGAAGCGCGUCUACAGCCGCUUCGAGGUCUUCUGCAACAAGGGAGAGGCCGGCGGCCCCGGGGCGGGGGAGGGCCGGGCCGAGGAGGACCCCAGGGACAGCAAGGUGGGCAAGUUCAUGCCCAAGAUCCUGGGCACGUUCAAGGGCAAGAAGUGAGGGCACCGGCACCUCUGCCACCGAGUGCCCUGCGGGCAGGGAGACCCGGACCCUGCGCCCGAGUGGGCGGCCAGCGCCGACCCUGCGCAGUUGGGCCGGCUCUGCUUGAGGCUCGCCUGGCCUUCCCUGCCUCGGGGUUGCCGCUGUGCACUGCCCGGUACCCUGAUCCCCCAACUCCCUUUUUUUGGCACCUCCAUCUCUGGGCUCUCAGUCCGUUCACCCUUCUGCCUCCACCCUCUCUGUGGGCUCAGCCUUCACCUCAGGAGCCCCGUCUCUUUGUGCCUGUCUCCACCCUCGCUUUCGCGGCCUCCGGUCUCCUCAGGGCUUCUGUGUUCUCAGGGUUCUCCUCCUCAAGGUUCGGCCGCCCCCCAGCUGACCCCCCUGUGGGGCCUCCUCCUUCCCGCCCGGUGCCCAGCUGCUGCCGGCUCCCGUCCUUCCCUGGGUGCACUCCCGGCGUGUGGCCGCCUCCCUGGCCUCCUGGCACCUUCCUCCUGGCUCAGCCUCUGGCUGUGGGGAAGGGAAGGCCCGUUGCGGGCAGCUUGAGGGAGCGCUGGGUGCAGAAUCAGGGAUUCAGACCCAAAGAAUGCCUCUCAGCAAGGGGUGGCACGCAGCAGGGAAGGAGGUGCCACAGAGGAGCAGCCCCUGGUGGACCUCUGAGGGGCUGCCCUGCAGGGCCCCCUUGAGGUGGGUGCUGGGCUCAGCCACACAGUAAAGCUGGUCUGGACACACCAUGCCUGAUAAAGCACCCCAGACUCACAUGCACGUGCCCAGGCCACCUCCACCACACCUGUCCUCUCAUGGGGGUAGGCCAGAGGGGCCUGCUGUGCCAAGUGAGGGCAGAGGAUGGGGUGGUGGUGCCCGAGUCCACAAAAGAUGGCGCUGCCCAGGCCCCCCAUUGGGCUGGACCCUGUGGGGUUCCUGACACCACCUGCAUUCCUGCUUCCUGCAUCUUUGUCCCUGAAAUGCAGAGACUGUCUGCCCCCACAAUCUCUUCUUGUAUCUUUUUUAAUCUCCAGAGACUAAUUUUAAUUGAUUUGGAACAGCACAUUUUGGUACCAAAUGUAAACACUCUUCAAUGUAGAUUCUCACCUUGUGAAAGUAGUGUUUCUGGAUCUAUUUUGCUAUUCAAAGUAUAAGAAACCUCAUGAGGAAAAGGAUUUAAUAAACAAAGUCACUAAAUGAA